AUGGCUUCAUUGAUGUCUCAUUUAUCUCUCCUUCCUGCAAAACCGUCGAACAUUAGCAAUUUCUCAAGCAGAAUCUCACCUACUUUAGCUCUACGUACAAGUCAACCGGUUUUUCUUUCAGCUAGGAACUCGUCGGAGAAGAGACCAGUUGAAUUCUCCGGUAAGCAAUUGAGAUACUGCGGUUGGAAUCAACUACUGAGACCUCGGUGCUCCGUUGAAAUUCCGGUGGUAAAAGCCGCAGCAUCGGCGGAUGGUGGUGAUCGGGAAAUCGAGGGGUCGGCAUUAACUGAGGCUCCCAAGAGCUUUGCUGAGAGAUACCCAGCUCUUGUUACCGGAUUCUUUUUCUUUACUUGGUACUUUUUGAAUGUUAUAUUCAACAUACUCAACAAGAAGGUCUACAAUUACUUCCCAUAUCCUUACUUUGUUUCAGUUGUUCAUCUUCUUGUUGGUGUCACAUACUGUCUCAUCAGUUGGUCCAUCGGUCUUCCUAAACGUGCGCCGAUCAACAAGGAUCUCUUGGGAGUCCUUACACCUGUCGCAGCUUGUCAUGCUCUUGGACAUGUUAUGUCCAACGUCUCCUUUGCUGCCGUCGCCGUGUCUUUUACACAUACCAUCAAAGCUUUGGAGCCAUUCUUCAGUGCUGCAGCUUCUCAGUUUGUUUUAGGCCACCAGAUUCCCCUUUCACUAUGGAUGUCAUUGGCCCCUGUUGUCAUAGGUGUAUCAAUGGCCUCAUUGACCGAACUUUCUUUCAACUGGCUUGGGUUCACAAGCGCGAUGAUUUCUAACAUUUCUUUCACUUAUAGAAGCAUCUAUUCUAAGAAAGCCAUGACGGGCAUGGACAGCACAAAUGUGUAUGCUUACAUUUCGAUAAUCGCUCUCUUGUUUUGCCUCCCACCAGCAAUACUUAUUGAAGGACCCAAGUUAAUGCGGUAUGGAUUCAGCGAUGCGAUAGCCAAAGUUGGCAUGGUUAAGUUUGUGUCCGAUUUGUUUUGGAUCGGGAUGUUCUAUCAUCUAUACAACCAGGUUGCUACCAACACUCUGGAAAGGGUCGCCCCGCUCACUCAUGCUGUCGGAAACGUAUUGAAGCGUGUUUUCGUGAUCGGUUUCUCCAUCAUUGUGUUCGGCAAUAGGAUCUCAACUCAAACCGGAAUUGGUACCGCAAUCGCGAUUGCUGGUGUUGCGAUCUACUCCUUGAUCAAAGCCAACCUUGAAGAGAAAAAAAGAAAGACUGCACAAAAGGAGGCCUAGAAGAUGCAUGUUUACAGACAAAUUAAACAGAAAAUUGCCAUAUUUCUGUGGGGAUGAAGCAUUCAAAUUGUUUUGAAACUUUCAUCUUUCUUGAUUUUUAUGUUGUAAUUUCUUGAAUAGU